AUGAAUUUAGACGGAGCGCUUGAAGUUUUUAAUACAAGUCUUGAUCAAAUAAUAGGCAGUUCAGAAGAUCCCAUGCUUAGCAUUCGAUGGAUUUUCCAAGAUUUUCCUCAAUUCCAAGAACAAAUGUUACAGAGAGUUUUCGAAAGAAUCAUUGAUCCACCAUAUUUAGAAAAAAUCAAAACAUCUCAACCAAUUCUUCCUUUAGUACAAAUUUUGGGCUUUGUUGCAUCUGAUCAUCCACAUUUGCGCGAAAUUAUUCUUAUUAACAAAAUACAAGAGUUAGAACAAGCUAUUGUUAGGCAAAGGGAUAUGGAAGCUGAUCUUGUGCUAAGACAACUUGUUGAUUAUGCUUUUCAAAAUCAAUGGAUUACUGUACAACAAUUUGGAAUGAUUAGACCAGCUUUCGACGUUACAAUACAGCCAGCUAUAGAAGAAGUUAUCGUUGCUCCAAAAGAGACAGUUGAAGAAGUAGAAGAACCAGUUGAACAAAAACCGCGUGCAUAUCGCGCAUGGAUGCUUCCUGCUUCCGUUUGGGGCCGUGGAAAUUCAGAAGACUUAUCAAACCUCGAAGUUGAUGAUAGAUCAAAGGUUGAAUCAACAAAAACUCAAAAAUAUUUCAAAGUCACACCAGAAUACGAAAACAAGCGCUGCAGCGUAUGCGGCGGUUCAUUUACAAAAGGUAUGGUCAUGCACGAUGUUGUUUUUACCGAUGCAGAAUACGUCAAAGGCAGUGGCUUAGUUCACAUCAAAUGCAAGCCUAGAAUCUUAGAUUUCUUGACAUAA